UCGCCUUCAUAGAACGUCAGUGUGUUGUUUUGCAGGAGGGGAGACGAGUAGCUGGAACUGAUCAGUGUGUGUCGGGGGUUCCUGUGCAGACGGGAUGAGCCAGCGGGCGGAGCGGAGGGGGAUCCAUGUGGACCAGUCCGAACUGCUGUGUAAGAAAGGAUGUGGUUACUAUGGAAACGCAGCCUGGCAGGGUCUGUGCUCCAAGUGCUGGAGGGAGGAGUACCAGCGGGCACGCCAGAAACAGAUCCAGGAGGACUGGGAACUGGCUGAAAAGUUACAGAGGGAGGAGGACGCCGCCUACGCCAGCAGUCAUGGCCCUCAGUCUCAGCCCUCGCUCGCCCCGUUCUCCAAGUUCGAGGAGAAGAAGACCAACGAGAAAACUCGCAAAGUCACCACAGUGAAGAAAUUCUUCAGUCCGUCCUCACGCACCGCAACCAAGAAAGAGAGAGACAGAGAUCAGGAUAAAGACAGAGAGAGGGACAGAGAGAGGGAGAGAGGAGCAAAGGUACAGGGCAGGAGGGAGAGCCAUGGAGAGGCGCUGCUGAGGGAUCUGAGAGGCAUUUUCACCCAGCCGUGGGAGAUCGGAUCUCCUGCUGAAGAGAGUCACGAGGUGAAGUCUCACAGUCCCUCGUUAGCCCGUCAGUCCAGCGUGGAGACCGAUCAGGUGUCCAGAGAGUUUGUGGACUUCCUGAAGACCCUGAAACCGGGACGAGAGAUCCAAAAGCAGAGCCGAGCCUUCGUCGAGACCAUGUUCAAUAAAAAGGACCUCGGUGCUGACGAGCUCUCGGAGUGUGUACAGGACUUCUACCAGAACAUGUCCGAUCGACUCCACUCUCAUUUUAAAGGUUCCUCUGAGAAGGUGGAGCGUGUGAUGGAUCAGGUGGAGAAGUACAUCAUGACCCGCCUCUAUAAGAGCGUCUUCUGUCCCGAAACCACCGACGACGAGAAGAAAGAUCUGGCAACCCAGCACAGAAUCCGGGCGCUACACUGGGUGACCAUCCAGAUGUUGUGUGUUCCUGUGGAUGAAGAAAUUCCAGAAGCGGCUGAUAGUGUAGUGAAGGCCAUCACAGACAUCAUCGAGAUGGACUCGAAGCGGGUACCCAGGAACAAGCUGGCGUGCAUCACCAGCUGCAGUAAGCACAUCUUCAACGCCAUCAGGGUGACGAAGAAGGAGCCGGCGUCGGCCGACGACUUCCUGCCCACCCUCAUUUACAUCGUGCUGAAGGCGAACCCGCCCCGCCUUCAGUCCAACAUCCAGUACAUCACCCGCUUCUGUAACCCCAGCCGCCUGAUGAGCGGCGAGGACGGCUACUACUUCACCAAUCUGUGUUGCGCCGUGGCGUUCAUCGAGAAGCUGGACGCGCACUCGCUCAACCUCAGCGUGGAGGACUUCGAGCGCCACAUGUCCGGCGGCGAGGCAUCCCCGAGGCGCGCCGAGCCCUCCCCCUGGCACCUGGAGCUGCUCUCGUCCCUGCAGAAGCGCCAGCAGCAGGUCCUGGACGAGGCGCAGGGUCUGCAGGACGAGCUGGAGCGCUGGCAGGACGCCGUGGCCCGGGAGGUGCGGGACAUCGUGGAGAAAUACCCGCUGGAGAUCAGGAGGCACCCGGCGCACGCCAUCGACGCCGAGAACGAGGAGAACGACCGGCUUCCGCCGCCGCUUCAGCCGCAAGUGUUCGCUGGGUAACACACACCGGCGGGGGGGAGAGGAGGACGGGACUGUACACUACUGGAUCACUCUGACCCAAAUCCUGAGCCGGGCGUUUGGAGCAUUUUAAUCAGACUGAAUCCUGCUUUUAUUGUUUAGAUAUUUAAACAGAAUUCGAUCAAACAGCAGCUGAUCUGUGCUGCAGCUUUAAUUCCUUUAGAUCUAAUUUGUGUGUUUACGGACUGAUUAAACACAAAAUAUAUUAAUAUUACCUGAUUUUUAUAUUUAAAGGUGUGAAAUAAUAACAGGAAAUACUGAUCAGGUUCUAAUGCAGGGUUGUUGUGAUUAUGGUACUUUUAUAACAGUGUAAUAGUAUUUAAUUAAUAGCAUUAAUGUGCUGAACUGUGAGAAUUAGGCAUGUACUGAUUAGUUACAGUAUACGAGUGUAGAUCUGGGAUCUGAGGAUGCGUAGGACAGUUGUAGGGUUUGUGUUUUAUUAUUACAAUGAUAAUUAAGUGACGUUGAUACCAUAGAAGCAUUAAAGUUUAGUUAUAGAGGAGUUUAGAGCAAGUCUGACUGUUUAGGAAUGACUUAAUAAAAUGCAGCCCAAUGUUAAGAGCUACUGCUAACAUCAUGGUGAAUUAAAAUAUUGUAAUAAUAUUGUGGUGCAAUAUAAAAUACCAGAUAUUUAUUGUGAUAUAAAAGUGCACAAGUCGCAUAAUGAACCCUAAACAACACAACUACAGCCACAGUCGGUGGGGUACACGAGUUGCAACAAUAAGACUCAAACUCAAAGCUGUAAUAACAAUAUAUAUUGAUGGACAUGCCCCCCCUCCAAUAUUUAGAUGUGCUCAAUAUUGAGGAACAUGCUGUACAGACUUACAGUACUAUGACAGUAGACUGUCUAAGCAAUUGAGGGUUAAGGGCCUUGCUCAAGGGCCCAACAGUGGCAACCUGGCAGUGGUGGGGAUGGAACCAGCUACCUUUUGGUUACUAGCCCAGUACCUUUACCACUAGAGGUGCUGGGACAAUCUGCCGUGUGGUGGGCGAGCGUAUUAGGCUGCCGACACCCCAGCGCACCCUGUACAUAUUUAUAAUUGCUGACAGAACGUCAUUUCAUCACAUGGCCAUGCGCUGAUAAUCCAGCAAUGCAUCGUUUUUUUAAUUACAAAUAAGUGGCGUCCGUGUCCAGCAGUUCCCGAGUGGAGUUUAAAUAAAGGAACCGCUGAUCCAUGUGCGUGUUUUAGAUUAUUAGAUUCUGUGUGAGUAGCUUUCACACCAUCAGGUCCACAAACACCAGAACUGACAUCAUGUAGAAAGGAUUUGAGCUAAAUCUCUGUGAUCUAAUGUGAUGUUUUACUGCUUUAUUUAUAAAAUGAUCGACUCCUGUGGAAUUGUGUUGCCGUCUGUGAUUACCAACAAAUAAAAGCUGCACAGAUGAAAA